AUGGCGGACGGGAAUCUGUGGCGCGACCGCAACAAAGUGUUCGUGGCGGGUUUGCCAGUGCACGUGGACGACAAUGCGCUGUACGAGAAGUUUAAGCCGUUCGGCGAGAUGCACCAGUCCAAGGUGGUGUAUGACCAGAAGACGGGUCGCUCGCGUGGCUUCGGCUUUGUCACUUUUUGCGAAUACACCAACGCUCUUGACGCCGUGGAUCAGCUGAACCAGUCGAAAUGGGAGAAACGAACACUCAAUGUGCGCUUUUUGCAGCCAAAAAAUGGGUCCGACGCAGGCGGAAAUGGAGCAGCUGCCAUUGCGAAACGACCGACGAAGGUCAUUGGCCCUCGCCCUGAGGGAUGCACCACUAUAUACGUUGGCAAUCUGGCGUACGAUAUCACAGAAGAGGUGUUGCGGAAGGUGUUUGACAAAUGUGGCAGUAUCCGCGCUGUCCGCUUUGCCGAGCACAUUCAAACGAAAGAGUUUCGAGGCUUUGGCUAUGUGCAAUUCCACGAGGAAGGGCCGUGCGAAGCGGCCGUCAAGCUGGACGGCAUGGUGGUUAUGGGACGACCCAUGAGCAUUGACUACGGAGCGAGAGAUGAAGGAUACGCGCAAGCGCGAGAAGAGCUGCAAAAGAAGCUGAAAAAGGGAGUUUGCCACAAGUUCCAGCAGGGGCAGUGUACGCGCGGAGACGCCUGUAAGUUCGCCCACGUAAUGCAAGACCAGGACGCCGAAGAGCUGGUGCAGCCAGCGGAACGACCGGUGAGUGGAAUUGCCACUCCCGGUGCUUCGUUGGGCGCAGUCGAGUCAGAAUCGACGGGGCCAAUGACAGAGCAGACUCAGGCAACAUCAGAUGCGCCGGUUUGCAUCAAUUUCCAAAAAGGAAAAUGCAAGCGCGGGGCGGCGUGCAAAUUUCAACAUUUGCAUGGCAAUGGAAAUGAUGAAAUGUCACUGGAAGAAAAUGUGAAAAUGGAGACGGUGAGGCAGGACGCGGCUCCUGAGGAGGAGGAGACUCAAGCUGACGAAGGAGCCCCCGUGUGCGAGAACUACCAGAAGGGCAAGUGCAAACGUGGAGCAGCAUGUCGAUUCCGCCACGUUGCUGCACCAGCUGAAGGUUAUCAGGAGCCUGAGGAGGAAAGCUGGAAAGCUCCAGCUCGAGUGGCACUUCCAGUUGCUGCAGUUGCCGAAGUGGCGGUGUGUAGGAACUUCCAGAGGGGGUCAUGUAUGCGCGGCGCGUCAUGCCGCUUCGCACACACUGGUCAGGCACCACAAGCGGCUCCAGCAACGGCAGUGGAGGAAGUGAGCGAGUACCAGAAGCGAUUCCAGAGCGUUUGCUACAACUGGCAAAGCACCGGAUCCUGUGCACGCGGAGAGAAUUGCCCCUUCCAGCACGAUGGUGCUUUUGAGGAAGUGGAGACGAAGAAGAUCAAGCAGGAGGCGGUUGAAGCAGUUGAGAGUGAAGAUGAUAGCUCGAAAAAGCAUAAAAAACACAAGAAGGACAAGAAGCGAAAAACGACUGAAGAUGACGACGAGAAGAAACUCAAGAAACACAAGAAGGAGAAAAAACACAAAAAGCACAAGAAACAUGCAGAAUAG